CUGUUUUCGUGUUCUGUGGUAUCUUGAAUCUUCAAUUUCUCAUCAUAGAUCAUUUUUCGAUUUUACGUCGAUUGUGAUUGCUCAUUGGGCGAGGAAUAUUCGUACGUCGUUAAAAGUAGACAAAGAGGAUAAUAGCUUAACAAAUAAUAGGUAGAAAAAGUGAUCACCCUCCAUAAUGGGUUCCCUAAAUAUUUUCGGUUUCUUUGUUGUGUAUUUGUCGUGUACAUCUUUUGUGAAUGCUAAAGACAUUUGUGCGGUAAAGGCUCCGUGCGUUUGUGCAUUUCCAAAUGGCACCGGAAUCGACCUAACUCCUGCAAAAUCAACUACAUUUUAUUCAGCAGAUAAGUUCAUGGUCAAAAAUAAUGGUACGCAGUACGAAUUGAGUACGUACUAUUAUCAUCCUUGCCUCGAUAUUAAUAUCAACGUGAGCCAGCCCAAUCUACUGAAUACCUGUACAUCACCUUUAUCGAUCUGUCGACAUGUAAGUACUAUGAACUUACUGAAUGUGACAACGAGCACAUAUAAGUUUGAGGAAGGCUCCUAUGACUUCAUGGGCAGGACUAACAUCUCCAAGUUUUCUGAUGAUGGUGACUCCAUUGUAUAUCCAAAUGGUCCAUCAGAGACUAUAGUUCUUUUGCAGUGCGCUCAGACAGAGAACAGGCUACAAGUGUAUUCAUUAUCGGAACCAGAUAAAAUUGUCCUUGCAUUCUAUUCGCGAGAUGCGUGUCUUAAGCUAAUAGACGAAGGGGGCAGGUCCACCGGAUCUACUUUGCUGAUCGUGUUCUUCUCUUUAAUCAUCUUCUACCUGGUCCUGGGAGUCUGCACCAAGAAGUUCUUGAUGGGAGCAACGGGCGUUGAAGUUAUACCGAAUCUUGGUUUCUGGUCUGAUCUGCCUAACCUCGUAAAGGAUGGCUGGAUGUUCCUGUGCAACGGCUGCAGGCUGCCCGCGCGCGGCGCCGGGCCCGCCGUGUCGCCCGACCCCAACAGCUACGACAGCAUAUAACAUCCGGACGAGACCCUCUCUGAAGGUCACCUCGUCAUCGUCGAAUAGACGGGGAUCAGCACUCCUCCCGCGACACAGUGACGGGGACCAGUGCUAAUGACUGCAGUUCGUUUUGUUUUGCUGAGCUCACGUGCAUAGUGAUUGACAGAUAGAAGAUUAUAAUUAUUUGUUUAAAAUUUUAUUUCUGGUAGAAUAGGAGUGUUGAUGUGCAACUCAAAGAAUAUAGGAUAUAUAUAUAUAUUUUAGAUCAAAAGCACAAUUCAGUUGCAGCUUAUCAAGUGGUUUUGUUCUUGAUGUCGUAUUAUAUAGACUCGCGAGAAAUAUGGUGCAAGUUGUAAAACACUGAAAACCUUUGAAGCUUUUUCAGCGCCGGCUAUGUAUCGCAAUUCGCACGAUGUUUCUUCUCACGUCUUCAAUCAAAAAGCUGUGGGAUAACCAAGCAGUUAUUCCUCUGACUCACUACGCAUGAACCGUAGUGAUUUUAAACGUACGUCACGUUAUUUGAUGAUAUUCGAACGACCUAUUCUCGUAUUUAGAAUUUAGAUAAAUGUUCUAGAACGGGUUUCUCAGUGUAGUAGUGAUUCUAUUAAAAUGUAAUUGUUAGUAAAUUGUAUUUCGACUUUCUAUAAAAUUAAAAUAAAAGACAUAAUUAAUAAUACUAUGUGAAACCACGUAAAUAUCAUUGAGAACAGGGCGCCUAAGCUAUGUACCUAUAUUAGUAGAGUACCUUAUAAAUGUUUUUGGCAGACGCACCUGGCAAAUAAAACUAUUGCGUCUUAUGUAAACCAAGUUAAAAUGUUAGUCUGUAUGUGUAGAUUCAAAUUACUAUUGUUGUAUCUGAUAUAAAAAUAAAUAAUAAUUGUGGUCUGUUCAAUGACUUGCCAUUGUGAAAGUUGAGUUUAAUUUAGGUGAUGAUUGUUUCAUUUGUUGUAUAUUUGUUAUUAAUUAUAAUAAUAUAACUGCGAUUAACCCUAUUAUAAUAUUCAAACACAGUUUUACUACGUCUUAGAGAAUUAAACCAAUUUUGAUGGAUGUUUGACUAUUAUACUGGGAUUAAUUAAAUAAAUAACAUUUUGAUUCGUUUGGUAAUACUAUUAAUUUUCACCUUGAAAUUAUUAUACCUGUUAUGCCCUUUUCAUAAAUCGCCUUUAUAUGUAUGCUCUGAUAUAUAGUAUUUAUACUGUGCCAAUGUAGACUAUAUAUUUUUCAUAAUGUGAUUAUGUAUUUUCUAUGUCAAAUAUGUAUGUUUUGUAUUUAAUAUAAAGUAGUGCUUAUAUAUUUAUGUAUAUAUAUAGAUAAAUAUUUGUAUUUAAUAUGAAAUAUUUAUGGGGCUGCGUGGGUAUGUUGAAAGACUUGCGUUUUGUAACACAUACUGUAGGGUUAGAAAUAAAAUGAAAUGUGAAUCAGAAGUGUACCCUCGUAGUCGGCUAUUUUCAUAUGUAUUUUAUGCAAUGGCAUAUCUAAGUAGUGAAACCUUUCGAUACGGUUUAUGUAUAUCCAAACUCUUUGGACCAAUUAUAUAAAUUUUCGUACUUUGCUUACUUUGGACCAUACUUUGUAAUACUUUUUAUCUAUCUACUUUAUUUCGUAUAUAGGGUAGCCAAUAAUAUGUAAGAUUAUAUAAACAGAAUUUAUAAAGGAGUCAGGUUAUUGUCUUUUCAUGUUUAAUCACCAAUUAAAUUGUUUGCACAAAAUGUAAUCAAUUAUAUUAAGGUCAGUAGGACUAUGAAAUCUCUCGAAUAAAAUGUUAUUGUAUGUGUGUUAAGUACAUAAUUAAGCACUAGUCAUUGUUAAGUCCACUAUUACGCACGUUUUAAGAUGUUUCAUGUCAGUUAUAAUUACAAUAUUGUCAUUGUAUGUCAUCGUUAUAUUAUACUGUCUUCAUAUCUCAUAGAUAUUAAUGUAUUUUAUGUAUAUUGUACAAGUCCGGCAUAAUAUUUUUUUCAUUUUUAUAUGUAUAAAAGCUUUUUGUACAAUUUUUGCAUAAUAUAAUAUUUUAACUUUUAGUUAAAUGUGCUAAGUAACGUACAAGCUAUGUAUUUUUUUAUAUUUUUGGAGAGUAUCUUUUUUUAAAAGUCGCAUUAAACAAUUCAAAUUGCAAAGGAUUCUCGUUGAUAAACAUAUAUUCUUAUUUUAAAAUAAUGUUAUUAAUCGAAAAUAAGAAUAAUAUUAUUCAACAUUGUGUGGAAAUUAAAUAGGCGUCUUUAUAUAUUUUUUUUAGUUCAAGCCGCAACUCAGCCGUCAUAUGGACGUAAUAAAGUGGUUGUAGCUGGUUGUCAUUAUUAUAACCAGAUUAAAAAGAAGUCUUGCGCUGAUACUGUUAAGUUGGCAAUAUCGUUUGGAAAAAGAAUGUCAAAAUGUCUCGUCAAAAAGUAUUUUUAAAGAAUUUCUGGACACUACUUGUAUGUCUUUGGCAUUCUACUGAAAUUGUGCGUAUUAUUUAUCUUGCCCUUCUGUAGAUAUCAUUCAAGUAUCUCAUAAAAUAUAUACUUAAAAACUUUGCAUAAUACGUAUACAUAAUAUUUUGUAUUCAAUGUUUUAGAGUCUCCUGUUGUUUAAAGUGUUUUAAGGUUAAUCAAUAAAUAACAUUAUUAUUGCUCA